AUGGAAGCUGAUUUGGCUCUUAGAUUAGGAAAAGAAUUUGAUAAUCUGGAGGAGGCAUGGAGUUUUUGGAAUGAAUAUGCUUGUAGAGCAGGUUUUAGUGCAAGGAAAAAUGGGUUGACAAAGAGUAAGAAAGAUAAAAAGACAAUUAUUGGUUAUAGAUAUGCAUGUUCAAAAGAGGGUAAACGAAAACCAGAUAAAAGAUACACCUCAGCCACUAACCAUCGUCCUGAGACCAGGACCGAUUGUAAAGCUGGAAUGACAGUCAAAUUAGUGGAAGGCAAGUUCAAGAUCAUCAGCUUUAUAGAAGAGCAUAACCACCCAUUGCAUCUUCAAGAGACAGUGCAUAUGAUGAGGUCUCAACGAAAAAUAAGUAGUGCUCAAGCAGAUGAGAUUGAUUUGGCUAAAGAUGCUGGACUUAAACAAAAGGAAACUUAUGACCUCAUGAGUAAGCAAGCAGGUGGGCGAGCUAAUCUUGGUUUCACUCGAGUUGAUAUGAAAAAUUAUUUGAAGACUAAACGACAAAGAAGCCUAGUGGAUGGGGAAGUCCGAUGCUUAUUGAAUUAUUUUGAAGAACAAAUUACCGAGAACCCUUCAUUUUAUCAUUCAUACCAGCUUGAUGUAGAAGAUAAAAUUACAAAUAUUUUUUGGGCCGAUGCUCGUAUGCUUAUAGAUUAUGCUUACUUUGGAGAUGUCAUUUCAUUGGACACUACAUACUGCACGAACAACAAUCAUAGGCCUUUUGCGAUAUUUUCAGGACUAAAUCAAUACAGAGGAGUUUUAAUUUUUGGGGCAGCUUUGUUAUAUGAUGAAACCACAGAAUCAUUCAAGUGGUUGUUUGAAACUUUCCUGAAAGCAAACAAGCAAAAGAGACCUGCAACAAUUUUUACUGAUCAAGAUCAAGCAAUGGCAAGAGCACUACGUGAAGUUAUUCCUGAAGUGAAACAUGCAUUAUGCACAUGGCAUAUUGAGCAAAAUGGGAUAAAACACUUAAGAAACAAAAUGAAGGGUAAUUCACAUAUCCUGCGUGACUUCAAUAAGUGUAUGUUUGCUAUUGAUGAUCAAUCACAAUUUGAAGAAACAUGGGCUUCUUUAAUAUCAUCCUACAAUUUGGAAGACAAUACAUGGGUGAAAUCCAUAUAUGAAAUCAAAGAAAAAUGGGCAUGGUGUUAUAUGAAGCACUCUCUCACUCUUGGUAUGCGAAGCACACAAAUAAGUGAAAGUAUUAAUGCUGACAUCAAGAAUAUUACAAAUCCAAGUGUUGAUAUUAAUGAAUUCUUCAAAAGUUUUGAGCGAGUUGUUGCAGAUAAGAGGUAUAAUGAGAUGAAAUGUGAAUUUGAAGCAAGAGAGAAAAAACCACGACUAAUAGUCCAAAGUUCACCUAUCCUGAGACAAGUUGCUGAGAUCUACACAGCCUCAAUGUUAGAAUUAUUCCAAGAGCAAUUUGAUCUCUUUUUUGCCACAUGUAUCUCCUCCCGAGAUGAGAGAAGUCUAUUGUUCACAUAUACUGGUACCAUGGUUAAUGAAGAUAAAAAGUGGACAUUGACAUUUGAUCCGAAGGAUGAUUCUGUCUGGCCCCCUUAG